CACGCAUCGCAUGUUACUCUGCCCCGGAAAUUCGCCUCCGCGCGUGCCGACGCCCCAACCCAUCCCCGUAAUUACGCACCUGCCCCCACCGGAGCCCGACCGCCAUCUCCUCCUCCUCCUCCGGCGGCGGCGGCGGUCCUCUUUCGGCGGGGCAGACGGCCAUGGCGGCGCCGGUCGCGCGGGGCCGCCGGUGCCGGGGCGCGGUGCUGCUGCUGCUCCUGGCCUCCGUGCUCGCGCCCCUCGCGCUCUACGGCCGCUCCCCCGUCUCCCUCCCGGACUCCACAGUGGCGAGGGGCGCCUUCGAUCGGGAGGAUGGGUCCAAUCUGGUGUGGCCGCAUAUGGCCGCGUCCGAGGUCUCUCUAGCCAAAGAUUUGACAAUGGAGAGGCUAGGGGAGCACAAGAACCGGGUGCUGUCAGCGGCCGACGACUGGCAAGCAGUUGAGAUUGCGAAAAGAACCGAUACGAGCGUGCGGUGGAAGGAGCCUGUGUCGCGGGAUGCUGAUGAGGUGGUUGCUGAGGGGAAUGGGAGUUCUCAGUCAAGACAGGAUGGCGUGAUAAAGGAAGUUGUUAGCACCAAUGGCAAGGGAGCCGAGGAGGGGGAUGGACAAGGGGUGAAGGAAAAACUAGCGCAGGAUACAGAUGAGGUGGAGAACAGAGAUGGAUCUGGUGCAGCAGCAGAGAAUAAUAGCAUUUCUGGAAUGACUACUACUGGGAACCUGAGUUCAUCUUCUUUACAAAAGGAAGAUGAAACUACACGUGCCACCCCCAGAGAGGAGACGUCCACAGGGGAAGUUAGUAUCAAUGCUGAUCUUGGUACAUCACUUAGUAGCGCUGGUCAAUCAGCAACUUCCCCAGAUGCUACGAUCCGCAUCAUCAAGGACCAGUUGACAAGAGCAAAGACGUAUCUUGGCCUUCUAGCGUCUAGAGGCAAUCAUGGUUCCGCCAAGGAGUUACGUGCACGAAUGAAGGAUAUCCAACGAGCACUGGGUGAUGCAACCAAUGAUGGGAUGCUUCCUCAGAAUGUCCAUAGCAGAAUAAAAGCAAUGGAGCAGACACUGGGGAAGCUCAAGAGAACUCAUGAUAGUUGCUCAGGUGCUGUGAGCAGGCUCCGUACAGCCAUUCACUCAACAGAAGAGCGGCUUCAAUCUCACAAAAAAGAUGCAAACUAUCUUGCUCAAAUAGCAGCAAAAUCUUUACCCAAAGGACUUCAUUGUCUCCCAUUGCGUCUUACAAAUGAGUACUACUCCACCAACUCCAAUAAUAAGGAUUUCCCAAAUAUGGAAAAGUUGGAAGACCCCAAACUCCAUCACUAUGCAAUUUUCUCGGAUAAUGUAUUGGCUGCUGCAGUGGUUGUGAACUCCACUCUUGUUCAUGCGAAGAAACCAGCAAACCAUGUCUUCCACAUCGUGACAGAUAGACUUAACUAUGCUGCAAUGAAGAUGUGGUUCUUGGCUAACCCCUUGGGCAAAGCUGCAAUUCAGGUUCAGAAUGUUGAAGAGUUUACAUGGCUGAACUCAAGCUACAGUCCAGUUCUAAAGCAGUUAGAAUCCAGUUCGAUAAUUGAUUACUACUUCAGGAGUGGGAAGGCUCGACCUGGUGAAAAUCCGAAAUUCCGGAACCCAAAAUACCUAUCAAUUCUCAACCAUCUGAGGUUCUAUCUCCCUGAGAUAUUCCCGAAGCUUAAUAAGGUGUUAUUUCUAGAUGAUGAUACUGUAGUGCAGCAGGACCUAAGUGCGCUUUGGUCGAUAGAUCUCAAAGGCAAGGUGAAUGGUGCUGUUGAGACCUGUGGGGAGACCUUCCAUAGGUUUGAUAAAUACCUCAACUUUUCCAAUCCUCUUAUCGCCAGCAAUUUUAAUCCACACUCUUGCGGUUGGGCAUAUGGCAUGAACAUGUUCGACUUGUCUGAGUGGAGAAAGCAAAACAUCACUGACGUCUACCACACCUGGCAGAACCUGAACGAAGAUAGGCUAUUAUGGAAGCUAGGCACCCUCCCUGCAGGCCUUGUAACAUUUUGGAACCGUACAUUCCCCCUUGACCGCUCCUGGCAUCUUUUGGGACUUGGGUACAAUCCAAAUGUCAACGAGAAGGAUAUCAGGCAGGCAUCCGUUAUCCACUACAAUGGAAAUCUGAAACCCUGGCUUGAGAUUGGACUGUCCAAAUACCGCAAAUAUUGGUCACGCCAUGUAAACUACGAUCAAGUAUUUGUACGGGAGUGCAACAUAAACCCCUGACCCUGAGUGGCAAACACUUUGUGAAUGAUUUUUUUUACUUGCUAGAUUAAUUUAAUUCUUUGUGCUCUAGGUUUUGGAAGAUGUCUAGAGCAUGUGUUCCUUUUUUUCCCAGUUGUAAGGAGGCAGUUCCUCCUAUAUAAUUGUAAAGGUGCCAGAUGUUUAGUGGUAGUCUUUAGAACAAGACAUGGGCUUAGGUUAACCAUCACGUAGAUUUAUGUUAUGCCUUGGACUUAUAGUGAUGUGGAUGCAGCUAAUUGUUUGAUUGUAACAGCACUAAGCACCAACAGUUCUAAUAGUAAAUUUUUAUCUCUUUUUCUUGUGA